AUGAGUAGCUACUCACCAGACAUACCCACAUCCUUCGACCCUGCUCUUCUUCACUCUGAACUCGAAUUUCCCCAGGACGCACCGCCGUCCUUCUCCUACUCCGACCAGAUAGAGGCAUUGCAGCAGUGCAUAGUCGACGACACCACCAAGAAGACUCGCGAAGGAAUUGUCAUACAGCACCGCGCUUGGAAAAUCUCAGACGUUUUCCGAAGUGAAGGAGAAGUUACCAUUGACACGCCAGUAAAACGAUCGCGGCAAGCGCCAGCGAAGCGGUUUGCGACGGCUUCAUCCACCGAAGAAGUUAUUUUGCCUUCUUCACCACCGUUAUACAAAAUGCCGCUUAUCUCAUCACCAGUCGCAUAUCCGCCCAGCUCAUCAAUGCCACAAGCACCCUCACCGAAGAAAAGGAAGCGUCAAGAAGAGGCCCGCGAGCCCAUGAAAGAUUUACCGAAUCACAAUGCGUCACACAAGCGAGGCGCUUUCGUGGAUGAUUCGGACGACGAAGAAGAACUUGCGGCGCUGAAAGAACAUGCACUGAAGAGGAGAGCGGUUAGCAGCAUUAAGGAUCUACCAGAACUACCAGAAAGUUUCACCGAAUAUACACCACCUGCGAGCCAAGACGAAUAUGCGAACCCUGAGUCCAUACCCGUGGAUGAGCUUGACAAAUACAGUUUCAAAUCAGCCUCACAGUCACCUGUAAAGCGGCCGCAUACAGCGAAAGAACCCACCUCAGCACAGCCCAUGUCUGGUACGAUCGCACGAGACUCAUCAGGGAAUGCGAUUUAUAUACCGAAGAGAAUAAAUAAAGACGCUCCUACCUACGAACAGCUCAUCGCAGCCCGCUCAGUGGCUGUACCAGGAAAGGCGAGGACAAGUUACUAUGGGCUCAAUAUCCACGAAUUGAUGGACGAAGCAAAAGCGCUGGAUCUUGAGAAGGCAGUGAACAAAGCACAGACACCUAAAGAACCACCACACCAGUCUAUCGAACAAUCGGCUAGCAAAGGCAGCAAGAGCAAUCGCACCCUAAUGUGGACUGAGAAAUACCGAGCGAAAAAGUUCACAGACCUUGUUGGAGACGAACGAACACAUCGAUCAGUUCUUCGCUGGCUCAAGGCCUGGGAUCCGAUUGUCUUCCCUGGUGUGGCCAAAGUGAAGUCGAAAGGUGCGAAGAAGCACUUUGAAGAGGAGGAGCAGCGACAUCGCAAGGUUCUGCUUUUGACUGGGCCUCCAGGACUGGGAAAAACAACGCUAGCUCAUGUAUGCGCUCGGCAAGCAGGAUACGAGGUCGCAUACGAGACAUGGUCGGUACAGAGAAUGUACGAAGUGUCCACACAACUACAGUGA